UAAUUAAUUUAUUGUUAAUUACAUUAUAAAAUAAGCUAAUAUGUAACUCAUCACAAAAAUAGCAUUUAAUAAAUUACAAUGGCCCACCUAAACAAGAGUUUGAAACCAAUAAAUUACUCCAACACGUCAUUCAGACACUUUUUUCUUGUAUUAUUUUUCGUAUUGGUUUUCGCCCUCAGUAUUGCUUUAUUAGUUUUAUUUCCAUAUAGUGGAAAAAGACAUGAAAUCUAUAAGGAUAUAAGUUUGGAAGAUGUCAUAAACGUUCCAGAACAAAUCAUUCAUGAUCAAGCUCCCUCAGCAAAUCCUCGCAAUCCAAAAUGCAGCCACUGGGAUUGUUUUAAUGUGUAUCGCUGUGGCAAUAAAGGGCACAAUCAAAUAUCUAUUUAUAUUUAUCCAAUUAAAAAAUAUCUUGAUGCUGAUGAUAUACCUGCCACUGGUAUCAUGUCCAAAGAAUUUUAUUUUAUUUUAAAAACUAUAAAAGAUAGCAAAUAUUACACAUCAAAUCCUGAUGAGGCUUGUAUAUUUGUUCCAAGUAUUGAUACUUUAAAUCAAAACAGAUUUCGGCCCAAAAUAACAUCACAAGCUUUGAAUAGUUUAUCACAUUGGAACGAUGGUGAAAACCAUUUAAUAUUCAACAUGGUUCCAGGAUCUAGUCCUGAGUAUAACACAGUAUUAGACUUACCAAUUGGUAAAGCUUUAGUUGCAGGUGCAGGUUUUGAUACUUGGGCAUACAGAUCUGGCUUUGAUAUAUCUCUGCCAGUGUACAGCAUAUUAGCUGCAGAAUAUAUUGAUAACUAUGAUAAAAAUAUUGAACGAAAACACUUAUUAAUUUCAUCUCAACUUCAUCUUGGUUCUUCCUUAAUGUUAGAUCUUGGAACAAUAGCAUCUGAACACAAUGAUUUUCUACUAUUGCAGCCUUGCAAUAAUCAUCACAACCACACAGUUCGAUGUGAUUUACAGAGAAUUAACAUGUUGGAUUAUCCUAAAGUACUUCAAAGUGGAGUAUUUUGCUUGGUUCAUAGAGCAGCAAGAUUAGCUCAACAAGUUCUACUGGAAGCAAUGGCUGCUGGAUGUAUUCCAGUUGUAGUUGCUGAUGGUCUUAUCAUGCCAUUUCAGCAGGUGAUAGACUGGAAAAGAGCAGCAAUAUUUAUACAAGAAGAAAAUAUUUUAAGUGUUAUAGAAGUUUUAAAAGCUAUUUCAGAUGAGGCCAUUAUAGAGAAACGCGAUCAGGUAUUAUGGUUAUACAAAAAAUAUUUCUCAUCUAUUGAAGCAAUGACCAACACUGUGUUGGACAUUAUUAAUGAUAGAGUAUUUCCCCAAUUUGCUAAAAAUUAUCGCCAAUGGAAUUUGCCACCCAACCCGAAAGCAGCAUACACACCUCUCUUUUUACCCAUCACUGCCCCAAAGUCUCAGGGUUUUACUGCAGUUGUUUUAACUUAUGAUCGCAUUGAGUCAUUAUUUGCCUUGCUUGAGAGAUUGGUAUUGACACCAUCAUUACAAAAAGUAUUGGUGAUUUGGAAUAAUCAGAAAAAAUCACCUCCACCAUUAUCAGCUUGGCCUAAAAUAAACAAACCAUUUAAAGUAAUCCAGACCAAAGCAAAUAAGCUUUCUAAUAGAUUUUAUCCCUAUAAUGAGAUAGAAACUGAAGCUAUUUUAACAAUUGAUGAUGAUAUAAUAAUGUUGACUGCUGAUGAAUUAGAAUUUGGAUUUGAGGUAUGGCGUGAAUUUCCUGAUAGAAUAGUUGGAUACCCCAGUCGCAUGCACGUAUGGGAUAAUGUGACUAAUCAUUGGAAAUAUGAAUCUGAAUGGACAAAUGAAGUAUCAAUGGUUUUAACUGGAGCAGCUUUUCAUCAUAAAUAUUGGAGCUAUAUGUAUACAACUGCUAUGCCUGGAAAUAUUAAGGAAUGGGUUGAUGAUCAUAUGAAUUGUGAAGAUAUAGCAAUGAAUUUUCUGGUCGCUAAUAUCACAAAUAAGGCUCCUAUAAAGGUGGCUCCUAGAAAGAAAUUCAAGUGCCCAGAGUGCACCAAUACUGAAAUGCUUUCUGCAGAUCUGAAUCAUAUGAUUGAAAGAUCAAAUUGUAUUCAUAGAUUUAGUGAAUUGUAUGGAACAAUGCCUCUAAAAGCUGUCGAAUUUCGUGCUGAUCCAGUAUUAUACAAAGAUCCAUUCCCAGAGAAACUCAAACGAUUCAAUCAAAUUGGAAGUUUAUAAAAUAAUUUAUAUAAUUCAUAUAUAUCAC